CCUGUGUCCCUUGCAUUGACAGCACUGAGUUUUAGCCACUGGACCACCAGGGCAGUCCUCCCAGUCUCUCUUGUGUUACUAUUCCUGGGAUCUGACUCAGGCUGCCCUCUCCUCCUGAGACUGCAGGCUCCUGGAAGGGUUCCCCACCUCCAGAGCCCAGGCUCACUCCAGAAGAAUCUUUUCACACAGUGCCCCUGCCCUGCUCACACACCUGCCUUGGCCCUGGGAAUAAAGCCUGGCUUUGGAGGCCUUUGCCGCCUGGCCCCCACCCAUCGCCAGUCCCUCCACUUAGCCUCGCCUCUCCAGCCACUCCACUCCUAAGGAGGCUGCCACUGUUAACCACUGUAUCCCAGGCGGGCACGUCUUCUCAAGCGACAGGACCUGUGCUCCUGCUGCGGCUUCUCGCUGCAGUCUGCGACACGUUCAUUUCUGCCUGCGAGUGCAACUCUUCCUCCAGGCCCCAGACUCAAAGUCCUCUUCCCCAGCGAGCCCUCCUCUCAAUGCUCCCCCACAGCAUGUUCAUACACAAGGAGAGUUCUGAGUCUGUGGGAGAGGGAAGCCUUCCAGUAUCCUGACCCUCACGCCGACCUUGACCUGACUCCGUCAGACUGGGGAUGUCUGUUUCCAGCUUUAUCUUUUUCCAGGACUGGAUGCUCCUAGAGAUACCGACCGGGGGGCGGAGCCUCUCGGGGGGCUCAGCAUGGCUCGGGGCAGAGCUCGAGGAGCGCCAGGCAUCGCAGUGGAUCGGAAGCCGGGGAGGGUCGGACCCUCUGACCCCCGCGUCCAGGUGAGCCACCACGCUGCCGGCAACUUCCAGCACGACCGAGGCCAAGGCCGGGCAGUAGGACCAGAAAGGUUGCCUGAAUGGGGGGUGCCCUGACGUGGGCGCUGUGGUUGCCACUGCUGCUGCACCAGGCAGGCAGCCAGACGUCGUCAUGCAGCGUGUUCUCGGGGGACGUGGACUGGACCACGGAAUACUCUGACACUUGCCUCAACUUCAGCGGCCAAAUCCUGAGCCAGCUACCUCAGAACCAGUCUCUGCGGGCCAGAUUCCUGCAGCUCCUCGAUCUGUCUGCGAACGGCCUUCAACGGCUCCCAGGGUCCUUCUUCAGGGACCUGGAGCGGCUGCAGCUACUGAUUGUGACCAACAACUCCUUGGACUUCGUGGACAGGGCGCUGGCCAAACGCUGUGACCUCGACCUGCAGGCUGACUGCAGCUGUGUCCUAUUAGACUGGCACACAGACCGGCGGGACAACUGCUCUGACCCAGAGCUUCCAAAGUGCCUAGAUGUGCCCACUGGUGCCUGGCACAACCUCUCUGUCUUCUUGGACGUGAGCUGCCCCUCUGGCCUGACCAAGACAACCAUUGGCGCACUGGUGGCCAGUGGAAGCCUGCUCCUUGUGCUUGCCAUUGCUGGCCCGGUGCUGGCCUGGAGACUCUGUAGACAUCGGAUGGGCCAGAACCUGAGCAAAACGUGGGCUGCUCAGGAUGGCUCCAGGUCUAGUUCGGGCUGGCAGUCAAGGUACAGUAGCCAAAGCCGCAGGCCUAAGCCUCCAGCCAACACCCCGCCCAGAUCUUCCACCCCUGACUACGAAAACAUGUUCGUGGGCACGCCGGCUGCCAGACACCAGUGGGAUGAACACAGGUCUCCCCCUUCAGAGGGCGGCGACUUCUACAUGAGCUAUGAGAGCCUCCAGCACGAGUCCCAGCCUGUCUACUGCAACCUACAGUCGCUGGGCCAGGUCCCAUUGGAUGACGAGGAGUAUGUGGUCCCUGGGCGCUGAGCAACAUCUUCACCAUCUCAGACUCCAGCCUGAGACUUCAGGUGACGGGGCAUUCUGGCUCCUCCCUGGCUUCAGUCCUCCUGUCUGAGAAAUGGCACCAGGGGAGGGUCAUCCUUGAGGCUCCAGAGCGGCUCUGGAGCCCCAUCCCUAGCCCAUUCUGCCCCCCAGGCCACUGGGCUGCCAGAAGGGGAGGAGAGACCCCAGCGUGGAUGGGGGUGGGAGAGUCAAUGUAUGAACUCUGUUGGCAUUCCCUGUCAGUGUGCAAGCAUUGCGCAAAUAAAUUCUUCAGGACAGA